AUGGCUCUCGAGGGGCUCGAUUCACACGGUAAACAUUCCCUGAAUGGAAGUGUAUUUUUCGAACCUCCACCUUCACCUCCACUCCGCAGCUACCUCUGUUUGACUAUUUUCACCUGUUUCUGUCCUGCUUACCCCAUCAACAUUGUGGCCCUGGUCUUCUCUAUCAUGUCUAGGAACAGCUAUUAUCAGGGUGACUACGAUGGGUCGAGGCGGCUGGGCAAGAACGCCCGUUUGGUUGCUGUUGCCUCCAUAAUCAUUGGCCUUCUCAUCAUCGCUAUCGCCUGCAUCGUCCAUUUCACCACCGUAAGACACUCCCAGGCUAUAUUGGGGAUUUUUGAUGUUGUGGACGUUGAGAGGGAGAAAGCUGUGAUGCCGUCUGGAAGGGCUCAGCUGGCUCGUCCUGAACCAUCUGCCAAUGAGAGGACUGUGACCUCAUGUUGA